AUGUUCAGUUCGCUAGGGCUUUUCAACGCAGUGCUCUGUCCUCAAAAUGGUCACUGCAAUGUGAUUAAUUGCAUCUUUGCUCACAAAGAAGUCAAUAACAUAGCUAAUCCCACGCCCGUCGCCAACUCCAAGAAGGCAAUAAAUCCACAUUCUGAGGCCGUUUCGAAACAAUAUAUAGACGAACCACAUCGUAAAAGGCAGCGUUUGCACGACAAUGGAGGGGCUGAUACGGAGCUGACCAGCCAUUCUAUCCCAAAACCUGAUACUACCGCCAACCGGACCACUGCCAGUCCGCCUGCUGCAUAUGUUUUGGAAAAAACUCAGGAUCGUAUCCCUCCGGAAUCCCCUGGCUAUUUAUCAAAAAGACAAAUAAAGAAGGAGACACUCAAUCCGAGACACGUGUUUAAGCCUCCAGCAACACAUGCUAUUCGCAUGUCUAUCCUAAUUAAAUUGCAUAGCGCAAUGGUGCGCCUCAACAAUGAACUAAAGAAUUCCGUCGAUCCGUCUAAGAAGUGCAUGGCUCUCUCUGCCGAUGAAUUGAUUUCGAUGGCCCUGGAUGAAGAAGAAAAAAUCGCAAAGGAGUCGCCUGCUGUCUAUUCAAAUGUCAUCAAGUUACGCAUAGUGAAAUUGACUAAGAUGAAACCGCAAGAAUGGGAGGAAGCUGUUUUAGCCUUCAUUCGACCUGAAGGCUUAUCAGAAGCGAUAAAACCGCCUACCACACCAUCACAGCCUAUAUUAACCGACUUGACGGUUGAAGAAGAGAGGACUGUCCUCUCAACUCUAUAUGCUUCCCCUGAUGCUCUGAAGGAGCUUGAGUACGUUAUAUCUCCCCCGUCAACAGACGAUAUUGCCUGCGCAAAACGGGGGGUAGAGGCCUCACAGGGCUGGGAGAAGUGUGAUCGGUGCAACUCGAGGUUUCAAGUCUUUCCAGGGAGAAGGUCCGAUGGCAUCCUUACAUCGUCGGGCCCUUGUGUCUAUCAUUACGCAAGGCCCAUUAGGCCGCCUAAGCAGAAAACAGACCAUAUUGUGGGGCAGAAGGAGUUUUACUACCCUUGCUGUAAAGAACCCGUUGGAACAUCUACUGGAUGUACGAAGGUAGAUUCCCACGUAUUCAAGGUCACUGAUAUGAAGCGGUUGGCUGCCACAAUGCAAUUUAAAAAGACACCGCGACAGACGAAAGAACAAACGCUACCACCAGUCUGUUUCGACUGCGAAAUGGGAUAUACCACUUUAGGCCUUGAGAUGAUUCGCUUGACAGCUAUAAGCUGGCCAGAAGGGAAUUUACUCAUUGAUGUUUUGGUGAGACCGAUAGGAGAAGUUUUGGAUCUUAAUACUCGGUAUUCUGGCGUUCGGCCCGAACAGUUUGCGAAUGCUACUCCUUAUAAGAAAACGCAGGCUUCAGUUGCUACAAACAAGGUUAAGGAUAAUUCUAGUCAGAACCUUGAAAUAGUUGACUCGCCUGCCGCGGCAAGGGACUUGCUUUUCCAACAUCUACAACCAGAGACACCUCUGCUUGGUCACGCCUUGGAGAAUGAUCUUAAUGUUUGCCGUAUAAUCCAUCCUACUAUCGUUGAUACCGUGUUGUUAUAUCCACACCCAGCAGGCCUCCCUAUGCGGAACGGCCUUCGGGCUCUCACGAAGAAGUUCCUGGGGCGAGAUAUUCAAGCUGGCGGGGGUAGCGAGGGUCACGACUCCAUAGAGGAUGCAAAGGCAACUGGUGACCUGGUGAGGUACAAAGUAGGCGAGAAAUGGAAGGUUUUGAAACGAUCUGGUUGGACAAUUCAAGAUGGAAAGCUAGUAAGUCCGGCAGGUGGUGAGGUGGACGAAGUACACCGAGUGACGAAGACUGGCAUCGGUAUUAAGAGGAAGGCCGAUGAUGGCAACUAA